AUGGAUACUAAUGUGCUGAGGAAAUCCUUGUUCUUUUUCCCCCCACAAGGAAAUAUAUCGUGGGGGCAGCAAAGUGACAUUGAUGGGAGACCUUCAUCUGACUCUGAUGAUAAGCUGAUGGAUUUACUUGAGCGCCUAAGGAAAAGGCCAGCGGUCGCUGCUGCUUCUGAUUGCUUCCCCUUUAAUCCUGUAAGACAAACAAUGAGCGGGACGGAGAGCCCAGCUAGUCAGUUCAGUGAUGAUGAUGAGGAGGAGAUGGAGGAAGGGGAGGAUGAGGAGGAGGAAGAGGAUGAGGAAGAGAAUACAGACAGCAGUAUAGAUGGUGACGCAGAAGAAGCGAGUGAAAGGAGUGAGAAUGUGGAUUGGUGCAAGUGUGGAAACUGUGUUCCCAUCGACACCCAGACGGAGAACUUGUGUUGCGCGUCGGUGGAGAAGAUCCGAGAUCUCAUUCCCUGUGGGACUCGCUGCAUUACCGCCCACUCCACAUUCCUCCGACAGGUUGUGGACUAUGAUAGGAUAGACACAGGAUUCAAGAUCAUCAACCACAAGAUGAAGAGGCUCCCCAAGCACAGAGCUUAUAUGAGAUGUUUGCGGAAAACCGCUUUUCGUUCGUUUCUGGUGUGGAUGUAUGGAUACCUGGGAACGGAAGAAAACAAACCUAUACCGGCUUGUGCCAUCAGGAGAAUCCGAAAGACCUUUCCCGACCCCAACCGUAAAUACACAGGAUUCCCGGGGGCUCAGGACUACCUUGCUGAAAAGAUGGCUCUGGAUUAGUGGUCAGUGGUUUUCCCUGUUACACACGUUCUAAUAAUGUCACGGAUUCAUUGAACUGUUGGUUUUAAUUACAUAUAAGAUUUACUUCUGUUUUGUCCAAUAAAUGCUCUGUUCUAUCA